AUGGGGGAUUGGAAUUUCCUUGGAGGCAUACUGGAAGAAGUCCACAUCCACUCCACCGUGAUUGGAAAGAUCUGGCUUACCAUUUUGUUCAUAUUUCGAAUGCUUGUUCUGGGUGUAGCAGCAGAUGACGUCUGGAACGAUGAGCAGUCUGGCUUCCUCUGUAACACAGAACCACCUAGCUGCCGAGACGUGUGCUAUGACCAGGCUUUUCCUAUCUCACUCAUUAGAUACUGGGUUUUGCAGGUGAUUUUUGUGUCUUCACCAUCCCUGGUUUUCAUGGGCCAUGCUUUAUAUCGCCUGAGCGUUCUGGAGAAAGAGAGGCAGAGGAAGAAAGUUCGACUAAGAGGAGAACUGGAGGGAGGAAAGUUUGGAACACCUGGAGAACAGAGGAAAUUGGGGCAAGAAAUUUGCCUGUUGAGGCAAGAGAAACUAAAUAAAGCUCCCCUGAGAGGAACCUCUUGUACUUAUGUGAUACACAUUUUCACUCGCUCUGUAGUUAAAGUUGGGUUUAUGGUUGGACAAUAUCUUUUAUAUGGAUUUCACCUACGGCCUUUAUUUAGAUGUCAUCGCUAUCCAUGUCCAAAUAUAAUUGAUUGUUUAAGACCAAAUGAAAAGACAGUAUUUCUGUUACUUAUGCAAUCCAUAGCUGCUGCUUCACUUUUCUUAAAUGUUCUAGAAAUUUUCUACUUAGGUUUAAAGAAGAUUAAAAGAGGGCUCUGGGGACAACAUAAAUUGAAAGAUGGACAUAAUGAAUUCUACAUGAACAAGUCAAAACAAAUUUCCACCAAGUAUUCUACACAUGUAAGAUCACUGAAGCAAUUCUCUUAUGUAUCUAAUUAUAAUCAGUUAAUGGAAAUACAAUCACACACAGCAAUACCCAUUAGUUUAAAUUUGCCUGUAUUUCAUCCAGAUUCUGACAAACCUCGUAGUGCAACUGGUAAGAAAUGCAUUAUGAAAGAACAAGAAAUGGUAGCGUUUAAUGAGAGGUGCACAUUUAGUACUAAUCUUUCUCAGCAUACCGAUUCCAGUAAUAAAGAUGACAGUCAUAAAAUGUUUGGAAUAGAAGGUAACCAGUUUAGGAGAAAAAAGGCAAUUGAUGCCAAUGACAAGAAAAGGAGCCACUACACUAGAGGUUACUGGUCUAUGUCAGCAGUUCCUAGAGAUCUGGAUAAACCCCUGAUGCAGUCCAUCUCUCUGCCCCCUCAGUGCACCUGGAAACUGAAGUGGCUUCCUACAUCUACAGACUAUGAAAAUCAGGUGUCUCCUCCUACAGAUAAUGCCAAGGGCCAGUUCAGAGGGCUCAUGUUCAGAGCACUUCCUCCUUCACAAGGGCAUUUUCAACCACUGGAAAUGCCAGAAACUCCAAAUUCUUUGAGAGAAUUGUCUUUUGAAUCUCAGUUGGUCAGAACCUGCGGGGAUUCUACUGCUAAUCUUCCAAACCAUUUAGCAUUGCUGACAAAGAACCAUAUUGGUAGGCGGGCUCCCACAGGCCUUCAUAUCUGA